UGUCAAGUGGUUCCUGCCUCUCGGACCUGCUGUCGUCUGAGGUCCUACCGCGGAGGAGACUAGGCUUGCGUGGGGUCGAGCUGCCUCCCAAUCGCGCAUAGCUGGCGGCUGUUCUGAGAUUUCCUGAUGAAUCUCAAGUGUUGACCUUCUUGGUUGCUGUUUGCCUUGGCAAAAAAGGACUGUCUAAUUAAAAGUUGGGCAUUGCAAAUCUGAUUGGUUAAAGCUAGACUGAACAAAUCACACCUAGAAGUGCAAGGAGACAGAUGUGGGUGAUUGCCUCAUGGCCGCAGAUAAACCAGUUCAUUCAUCCAAUGUUAAGUGUAACUUGGACACAUUCUUUAGAGAUCUACUGUACUUGAAAACUUACAGAAAACUUUGUAGCUUAUAUUCAUCCCAGCAUUCUUGUACCUGAAAUCAUCUCGCUUUCGGAAUGAAGAGGAUCAGGCAAACAGAUAAAGGUGAAAAUCCAGUUCUUCAAAAGCUACAGAGAACAAAAAAGCAAAAAACUGGUUACUGCAGUACCUCUCAUCCAUAUGCCUUGAUAGACUGGGGAACCCUACCCCACCAUGUAAUCUUGCACAUAUUUCAGUUCCUGCCUCUUGUUGACCGUGCUCGUGCAUCUUCCGUUUGUCGAAGAUGGAAUGAAGUGUUUCAUAUCCCUGAUCUCUGGAGGAAGUUUGAAUUUGAGCUCAGUCAACCUGCUACUUCAUACCUCAAGUCAACUCACCCAGAUCUCAUCCAGCAGAUCAUUAAGAAGCAUGCUGACCACUUGCAGUAUGUCAGCUUCAAGGUUGAUAGUAGUACUGAGUCUGCAGAAGCCGCUUGUGACAUCCUUUCUCAACUGGUGAAUUGUUCUAUCAAGACCCUUGGCUUGAUUUCAACAGCAAAGCCAAGCUUCAUGGACGUUUCAAAGGCUCACUUUGUAUCAGCACUGACAGUAGUAUUUGUCAAUUCAAAGUCAUUAUCCUCCAUCAAAAUUGAAGACACACCAGUAGAUGAUCCAUCUUUGAAAGUCCUUGUUGCUAACAAUAGUGAUACAUUAAAGUUGCUUAAAAUGAGCAGCUGUCCUCAUGUAUCUCCAGCUGGAAUUCUGUGUGUUGCAGACCAGUGUCAUGGUCUUAGGGAACUUGCUCUUAACUACUACCUGCUAAGCGAUGAACUGUUGUUGGCUCUUUCCAGCGAGAAGCAUGUAAAUCUUGAGCAUCUUCGUAUAGAUGUUGUGAGUGAGAAUCCUGGACAGGUUGAAUUUCACACCAUCAAAAAACAAAGCUGGGAUGCACUUAUCAAACACUCCCCCAAAGUGAAUAUUGUGAUGUAUUUCUUUCUGUAUGAGGAAGAAUUUGAUCCAUUUUUCAGGGAGGAAACCCCUGUAACUCAUCUUUACUUUGGUCGUGCAGUUAGCAAAUCAAUGCUUGGCCGUAUUGGAAUGAACUGCCCGAGGCUGAUUGAACUGGUUGUGUGCGCUAAUGGCCUUCAACCUCUGGAUGAUGAAUUAAUUUGCAUUGCUGAACGCUGUAAGAAUCUAACUGCCAUGGGACUUGGUGAAUGUGAAGUGACCUGUCGAGGCUUCAUUGAAUUUGUAAAGAUGUGUGGAGGCCGGCUCACCCAGCUAUCUGUCAUGGAGGAAGUGCUUAUUCCAGACAGUGAUUACAAUCUGGAUCAAAUUCAUUCUGAAGUUUCCAAGCACCUGGGAAGAAUGUGGUUCCCUGAUAUGAUGCCAACGUGGUAACAGUUCAUAGGACAAAAGGCCAGAAUGGCCAGAACUGGCUGUAAUGGGUAUUGCUGUCUAUGCAAACAAGGAAUUGUAAAUAUGAUGCUGAAUGAUGUUCCCCAAUUAAUUGCAUAGUGGCAUCGGUGUGCCACAUUAAAAAUGGAGUAAAAUGUACUUAAUCUACAAAUUGGAAGUAUAUUUAUUAAGUAAUACGUGCCUAGUUUAACCUCCAGUUAAUAGGAACUUUUUUUUAAAUGAUACAUGUUUAAUUGUUAAGCACUUGGUUUAGUACAGAGUACUACAGUAUUAGUAUUUCUGAUGUGGCUAAACAGUUUGGCCUUCGUAAUCUUUGCUUAAUGGUUGUCUGAAACGUUCAGUUAAGUGCUGCUUCUCCUGUUCCUUUACCAUGUUUUAAAAUUAAUCUACAGUCUUGUAAACAACAGCUUAUGAUAUGAAACUUGAAGCCUGAAUGUAUUACUUUUGUGGGAAACGCGUUUAUGUUACAAUAGGACAACUAUGUAAAUGCACUAAUACUGUUCUUCAUUAACAGGUUGAAGAGUUGUUCUUAGUUGUACUGUGGUACCUGUAAGAAAGAACUGGUCAAUAUAUACACUACAGUUCAUGGUGAUUCUAAUUACUGUCAGUGACUAGAGGUACUGCAGAUAUCAGCCAUAGUAUUUUAUAUCCAGCUGCCUUGGAGGAUGCAUUAUCCUUACCAGCCACUGCCUAUAAGCCAGUGUGAAAUAGACAGAUUGCAUUGGGGAGAGCAGUAAGAUUGCUUGCUCCAGAAACUUUUCCUGACUUGGCUACAUGCCGCAUCUCUAACUAGUUGAUAUUUUCCCUGCCAAACCACCCUCAAUAGAGUAUCCUUAUCAAUUCCUGUGAUGGAAGUAGAAUUGAGAAGGUAAAGGCAUUUAUUGUAUAGUGUUAAUGUUCCCUAAAAAUCAUGCCUCUACUGUAUAACAUCUCUUAACUUUUUAAAUCAAAAAGAUACUAAUUUUGUAAAUUUAUAAGGAGACUCCCUAUUUCAUCUUUGUAAUAUUUUGGCUGGAUACAAUGCUUGUUUCCUUAAGCUGGGUUUCUUGGCACUCAGACAGCUAUAAUUAAUGUGAAAAUGGUUCUCUUUUCACCAAUACAUUUGUGAUAGUGUUAAGUAACUUAUUCUUGUUGCAGGCACUUUUUGAAUAAUGUCUAUAGUCUUGCUUUACAAUUCAGAUAUUGAAACCAGCUUUAAAAAUGUGGGAGCCAGAUUUGUUUGUAGUCUUUGUUUUUUUGCUCUAUAAAGGAUGAGUGCUUCUGAGCUGAUUCAUUCUUUUCUUCUUCCUAGGAGUGAAGCGUACAUUUGUAACUCCGUAACACAGGACCACAAAGCUGUUCCCCCCUCACCUUGGCUCUAGUACAGUUCAUGUAGUUAUCUCAGCAGUGCUGCAGAGUUUGGGCUAGUAUGGGUAUAGUCUUAACUCUCACUGUUCCAAAUAAUUUGUAGAAAUCUGAAACAAAUAUCCCUGUUUCCCAAAAUCCUCUCUCUAGGAAGGAUUCGGCAUGUUUGUCCACAUUGCAAUAGAGUCUGUUCUGUCCUAGAGCCUACUCAAGAUGUGUUAUGUGUCAGGAUCAGUUUACAAUUCUAGCUGAAUCAGGAGGUAAAGUUUGUCUUGGAUUGUAUCAUUUAAAAUUGCAGGUGUGAGGUUUUGUUUGAAUAGUCUUGUAUGUUGAAAACUGCCAUGCAUGAGAAAAAUGGGGAGGAUUCAGUCUAGACUUCAUGGGGAUGUCGUCUUUCUAUAAACAUUAACUUUGCUUGGAUGGGGAAAGCAUAUAAACCUGCAAACGCCCCUCCUGAUUACCUGCCUUAAAAAUCUGCUGGGUUGAUUAGCUAGCGGUUAGAAUAUACCUCUCAUAAGUCACAGUUGAAACAGUACUGCAAGUGAUUGCAGUUUAGCAUAAAAAUCAAGAAUUGUUUGAAAAGAAACACUGUUCUAACACAAAAGACCCUGCAGUUAAUAGUAUCCCACCACGUGAACAGUAAAUUUGAAACAGCAGUGCUUUUGAGGUUAAAGUGACACCCUCCACACCUUUGAUCAGAAUAUGGAAUAUAGCUGAUGGCAUAUCAAAACUGUGUUAUAAGCUUUCCACUGAGAGUUAGGGUUUUUUUUUUUCCUUCUCUUGCAUUUGUAAACACUAUCUGAUUUGAUUGUAAAACAAACCUUGGCUUAACAGCAGAUAAAUGUCAAGGUGACAUAAAAAUUGAUUGUAAGCUGCAAAGAUCUUAGUUUGUAUGGCAGUAAGUUACAUUGCUGGAACGGAGAGUGGGCCCAAAGUUAAAACAAAUCCAGUUUUGAACCUUUACAGUAUGGAAGAGUUAAUUAACUGCU